UAUAAUUGUAAUUAUAAUUAUUCUUUUCUACAAUUCUACAUUGUUUUCCUUUACACUUUUCUCUUUAGUUUCCCAUUUGAAUACAAAUUUAGUUAUCUUGUUAUUUGUUUUGGACCAAAGCAAAUAUAAUAUCCAAUUACGUGUGAAACUAUCAUAUAUUUUUGUACGUGCCUACUUAAUCUGUAUGUUAUCUUUCUCAUUAUAUUACUGCUUGUAUAAAUCUAGAGUUUUUCUUGUUUCACCACUAAAAUGAUAUAUAGACAAUAAAAAUUUGCCACAUUAUAUUCUGUUUGUAAGAAGAAAAAUAAAAAAUAAUCAGAAAAUAGUAUUAAUUACCGAAAAAAAGAAAUUUCAAUGUUGUUAACGCCGUCAACAAAAUCUUAGACCUUACCCGUUAUCAAAACCCUAAACCCUAAAUCCUUGGAAUCCUAAAACCUAUCCUAGGGUUUAAAGUUCUUAUAGUUUAGGGUUUAAGGCUUAGAUUUUGGGCUUAAGGGUUAGAAUUUAGGAUUUGGGUUUAUAAUUUUGUUGACGGCUCUACUAACGUCAAAGUUUUUUUUUUCUUUUUUCGGCAAUUAAUAUUAUUCUCUGAUUAUUUAUUUUUUCCGCGAACAUAAUAUGACAUGACAAAUUUUUAUUAACUACUCCCUCUGUUUCUAAAAGCUAGACUUUUUAGUAUUUUCACACAUAUUAAGAAAACACAUUAAACUACCAUAAUAAAUGUAUCAUUUUCUGUAAUUUUCAAUUUUCAAUAACUUCUAACCAAUAGUAAUUCAAUAAAGACAAUUAAUUUUCUUGAAGGUUACAAUUUUUUUAUAGAAAACACAAAAAUACAUAUUUCUGAAACAAACGUUUUUUUCUAGAAAGUCUAUCAUUAAGGAACGGAGAGAGUAUUAUUUUAGUGGUUCACUUCUGGGUGAACUCGCAAAAAACUUAUAAAUCUAUGCUAGUAGACAGGUUGCAAUUUUUAUAUAUAUUAGAUAUCAUCAAAUUAAACACAGCAUUUCCAAUAACAAAUACAAUUAUUAAAUUGCCAAGUUCCUAGGCUCUUUGACAUCUAGAUUUCGAAUUCAGUCAACUGAUCAAUAACAUCCGGAUGCUAAAUAUACAAGCGUAACAAAAUCAUAUAACCAAUCGUAUGGUUUUCAUAUUCUUUAAUUCGUUGUAAAGUGCAUGCAGUGAUUUUAUUGAUGAAUGCGAUUGUUCAGGGAAAAGAGAAUAAUAGUAACCUAGAUGACAAAAAAACUCAGCCGUACAUACACACAUGAAUACAAUACAAACCAGACACUACAUAUUCACAUGUCACCCGCCUUCAAGCAGUACUCUUUUUUUUCCCUACUAUAUACUCCUAUUUUAACAAAAAACAUAUAUGGAACUUACCACAGCUUGGGUCAACGAUAUAAAAUGCAAUACUUUCCCUAGAUAACAUACCAAAUGAUCGAUCAUAGAAUGCACACCCUACAAUCUAACUACAUAUUCCUAUUUUUUGCUAUUUCAGACAUAUUGCACAUACAUAUGUGGAUAGAUAAUCAUACCGAACGACUCAGCUAGAUAGAUAUCUAUAUAGUAAAAGCUGUUACUGUAUUGAUUUGUCCUGCAUAAACGACCGACCGAAACGGUGCGUUUCCCGAUGAUAAGGUUACACGGCUCUCUGUAUUGACUCGUCUCUUUCUUUCCACAUCCCUCUCUUUGUCUGGUUUCUCUCUGUUCUUCACUUUUCAGAAUAUUAAAUACAUAAAAUUAAUUAAUCAGCGUGAAAAUACAUAAUAUUAUGGACAUGUCGUUUUCGUCACCUUCUCUACGCUUUUUAUUCUUUUUGUUUCCUUAUGUGUCAUGCAAAACCACAAGAAGAGAGACUAGUAACACACUUCUCUCUAAACCGGACCCAAAUGACCAGAACGAGGAUCAUAAGCCCGACCCGGUUCCCUUCUCUCAAAUCCCAACGCUGCGGCAGCGGCGGAGACGCUAGCUUCAUGGAACAGCUCCUCCUACACUGCGCCACCGCCAUCGACUCCAACGACGCCGCACUGGUUCACCAACUCCUUUGGGUCCUCAACAACAUUGCCUCACCCGACGGCGACUCCUCCACCCAACGACUCACAUCUGCCUUCGUCCGCGCGUUGCUCGCACGUGCCGUCUCCAAAAUCCCCACACUCUUCUCCACCUUCGGAAACACCGUCUUCCAACCGCCGGCAGAUGAAAUACACCGGUUCUCAGUCGUGGAGCUCGCCGGGUUCAUCGACCUAACUCCGUGGCACAGGUUCGGAUUCAUCGCGGCCAACGAGGCGAUCUUAACCGCCGUGGAAGGCUACGCAAAGGUUCACAUCGUUGACCUAAGUUUGACUCACUGUAUGCAAAUCCCUACUCUCAUAGACGCCAUAGCAACCAAACUCAACAAACCUCUGCUUCUCAAACUCACCGUGGUCUCCUCCGCCUCCAACUUUCCACCAUUCAUCAACAUCUCCUAUGAAGAGCUCGGUUCAAAGCUCGUCAACUUCGCCACCUCGAGAAACAUAGAAAUGCAGUUCACCAUCAUACCUUCAACGUACUCCGAUGGCUUCUCCUCACUGCUCCAACACUUACGGAUGUACCCUACCUCCUACAACGAAGCUCUCGUCGUUAACUGCCACAUGAUGCUCCGCUACAUCCCCGACGAAACCCUAACUCCAUCAUCACCAUCUUCGUUAUCUCUCCGUAACGUUUUCUUGAACCAACUCCGAUCCCUGAACCCAACAAUGGUAACCCUAAUCGAAGAAGACGCAGAUCUCACGUCGGAUAAUCUCGUCACGCGGCUAAGUUCCGCGUUUAACUACUUCUGGAUCCCUUUUGACACGACGGACACGUUUAUGAGCGAGCAGAGGAGGCUGUACGAGGCGGAGAUAAGCUGGAAGAUAGAAAACGUGGUGGCCAAGGAAGGUGUGGAGAGGGUUGAGAGGACGGAGACGAAGGGACGGUGGCUUGAGAGGAUGAGAGAUAAUGAGUUCGGUGGAGUUAGGGUUAGAGAAGAGGCGGUUUCGGAGUUGAAGGCGAUGCUGGGGGAGCACGCCGUUGGAUGGGGAAUGAAGAAGGAUGAUGACGACGAGAGUCUAGUGCUGACGUGGAAAGGUCAUAGUGUUGUGUUUGCUACCGUUUGGGUUCCGAUUUAGUUGGGGUUGAUUUGGUUUUACAUUUAACUACCGGUUAUGAUUGGAUAUCAGUAUUUAGGAUUGCUGUAUUUUGCGUUAUAUAUACCUUUAAUUAAGAAGAAUUAGGAUUUUGGACUAACAACUAAA